AUGAUAAAGUUACAAAGCAAUAUCAAUUCCAAUAAAGUUAUAUUGCUCCAUGCUGAAACCGUUCCAUCUGAAUCCAAUGCAAGAAUUAUCAAAACUAGGGUUUCUGUUCAGAAAGAGGGUAUCAAUGGAGACAAUUUUCAACAAUCUUAUGUUGUUGAGUUUGUUCAACAUGAUCACAUCUGUGAACCAUGUAGUAGGGUUCAGGCUAAUCCUAAUCAAUGGGUAUAUGUUGUGCAAUUAAGAAAACAUGGUUCUCAUGCUCGUAGUUUUUUGUAUUUGGAACGUUUUAUUUGGAAGCAUGCCGUUGCAGUUAAUGCUGUGAGAAUCGAUAAGACGAAACACGGUACUGAUUUCGAUUUCGCUGAUGAAGUUUGUGCUAAGAAGUUAGUUGAUUUUAUCAAGGGACUAAAACCUGUGAAUAUUUGUGAGAGUAAGGGACUUGUUUCUCAUGAUACAAAGAGGAAUUAUUACUUUUUAAAAUACACUUUUCUCGUUCAAGUUUGUUCGAUUUGCUGUGAGGAUUUGAUUUUUCUUCCUCCUAACGUGGCUUCGCGUUUGGGAAAUGUCGGUCCUAUUAUGAUUUGUACCAAAGUUAACGACAUUAUUUAUUUGUUUGAUCCGUUAACCUCAACGAAGUGUUUCUUAGAUGGUGAUACAUAUUGGAGGGAACCCUUCAAGUCUUUGCUCACUAGGAAAGAUUUAGUGGAAUAUGUUGUACUCAAUAUCGGUAAGGUUUAUUUCGAGGUUGCUAUUCAUGGUAGGAAAUUCGGUUUAGCUAAUGCCGAGGUUGCUCGUGUGAAAGAUUUAGGAAAGAACGACACUAGAUUUAAUAUCAAGACUCAUCUAGGUGAUAUUUUGAACAGGGAUGACCAUGUUCUUGGUUAUGACUUGUGUGAGGCUAAAUGUAGUGAUAGUGGUAUUGAAUUAAAGGAGCACAUAGGAGAUGGUGUGAUUUUAAUGAAGAAGAUAUCUAAAGAAAAAUGGCAGAAGAGACGCGCAGAGCAUCAGUCGUACUUAAAAGAUUUAGAAAAAGUCACUAAUGAAGUGCAUGGCAUGUCACUAGGCAGUGAAGAACCAACUUUGGAAGAGAAGAUGGGUGAUCUUAAUCUGUGUGGCGAGGACUAUAAGGAGAAGAAGAAGGUGAGGAAGAUGUCAGGAUCAAAUAAACAAAAGUGA